AUGAGUCUGUGUAUUAUUGUUUUCAAGAAUUAAAGUUUGUUUAAAAAAUUCCUGCUAUUUGGACAAUUUCCAAACCAAAAUGUCUUUUUCCGAUCUAAAACAUGCUUUGAGAAAGUAUGAUUUCCCGGUUUGUGCCAAAGAAGCUCUUACCAAGAUAGAACAAUUAUUGGUUGGACGAGCAGCGCCUACCAACAAACAGCUCGACAUAGCCAUGGAUAUAAUAUCGGAGUUCGUUUUCUGCGAGACCGAUAGACGCGGGAACCGACGUGGUUUGAACCCCCUGCAGGAGCUACAGCUAAUAGAUGUUAUCUGUCACUACAUCUCUGCUUGUAACAAUGAUACCACCAAGAAUACGAUUUUCUUAUCUCUGUUUGGAAGUAUGGAGAGCCAAAGAAAGUUGAAAAUAUUGAGUAUUUUGGCCAGCAUGGCUGUUUCAGCUUCUAGUACACCUGUGUUAUUAGCUGUAGGUGUAUGGCUCCAACAGAUGGGUUCCUCAUCACCUCAAUCUUUGCAAUUAGUUGAAAAUGUCAUAAGAGAUCACUUUUACCUAAACACAUCUAAUCAGACUGCUCUCAAGGUCUUAGCAAAGACAGCGCCUCAGUUUGUGUCAAACUUUAUAACAGCUGUAACAGAGUUGUAUAUGCACGACAUACAAGGGGUUAAGAAGAUGCCACCUAAGAACUUGCUGGAAAUUAUAACUUCAUGGGUGUACUCAAACCCCACACUGUGUAUGUCAGCACAGUUAAAUCCAGCCUCUCUACCCAAUGGAUCAAUACCUAUGGGGGCUGUCACACCACUGGCUGGCCUUAUACACUGGUGUGCACUGGCUCCACUUUAUAUUGACGAAGGUACAGAAUUGGAAGAACUGCCUAUAAAGAGGAUUAAACUAGAGGAUGAAAAGUUCCCAAUCAUCAAAUCAGUAACGAGCUGGUCUCUCACAGAGGCAGAGUUGUAUGUCAAGCUACAUCUAGGAGUUCUUAACAGUUUGCGUGCAGGUAGACGAACGCACGGCCCUCCUACUGCUGUCAAUGCUCAACAUUUAGCUGCUUUAACACCAUUAGUGCAAAAUUAUGCACAUCAAUUGUUGAAGUGUGGUAUUAAGUUGCAAAAUGAUACUAAACUACAGGAUUGCUUAGAUAGAAUAGGACAAUCAGUGCAAGUGGCCCUUGCCAACGGUUGUGUGUAUGGUAACAUUAGCAAUCUGCUUGCUGCAUUGGACACACUACCAGAGAACAGACUUCUGCGCAUUAUCAUCAAGUGUCAUCAGCAGAGUAUAUGACAAGUUCUCUGAUUAGGAGAGAAUAGUGAAAUUGACAUUGAGGGAUCUAUAACAAAAGUGACUAAGUUUAUGUAAUGAUUGGUUUUAGAAAAAGUGACUGUAUUGGAAUGUUUGGGUCAACCAACAUAAGUACUUAUGCAAUAAUAAUUAUUAAAGAAUAAUAGGAUUGAAAUAACUUCACAAUAUUCAAAAAUUUAUGAUUUGUACUCUUCUCUAACAAGACUUUAUCAAUGUUAUAGAGAUAUGGCAAACCUUGGUUGCAGUGAAGCACAUGUCUGUAAUAAUCAAUCCUGCAAGAACUUUUGAAUGCCCUUAGAUGAAAUUAAGCUCAGAGAUAAAUUAUACUCACACAAAUAGCACAAAAGCCACUUUAUAUCCCUGAAAAAUGUAUGUAAUACUUUUGUUUGCUUAGUGGUAAGGUAAAUUUUGCAUGCAAACAAAGACUGGCAACAGAUAAUAUGUUAUAAAUGUGACCUUGUAAAUAUUCAGUCUUAGGGUUAAGUAAAUCAGAAGUAUGGAAUUUGCAACUAAAGCUAUAAUAUCCAUACUGUCAUGCUGAGACGAUUUACCCACAUUGUAUUUUUUGUUGACUAUCACCAUUAAACAGAGUCAAAAAAGAUGAAUAAAGUUCUUCUAGGUAAAUUUAUAUUAUAAGGAUAUGAUCAACACAACUAUCACUCACCUGGUGCUGUUUUAGGCCCGAUAAGAAAACUUAAUUUUUAUAAUUACAUGUUUAUUUCUUAUGCCUUUUAAAACAAUAAUAUUAUUUAAGCAAGAGGCAACAUCUUAAACAGCUUUACAUUGGCAGGAGACAAAAAUUAAUUUUGCCAAAGCAUAAUCUAUUGCCUGUUGCAAUAGAAGUCCCUGUUUAUUGAAUCACAUACAUUAUUUGGGUAUUAUUUCCACUUGUAUGCCCAUGCUCCGAGAGUUCAUAAAGCUGUGGGAGAAGUUAAAAUUGUAUCCUUUCCCCAGGGAAAAAAUAUUUCCUGCCCAUGUUAACCUGAUUGCAUAGUUAAAGCUGUAGGUACUAAAAAAAACUUCCAUCAACUUUGUAAAUACAAUGCUUACAAGCAUUUUAUUAAGUUAAGAUAUUCUAUAAAUCUGUAAGCAGCAAAUAUUUAAUGUACAAAGUAAUUAUUUCAUUAAAAUGGUUUAAAUCUA